AUGGCUGCGAAGAAAACUGCCACGAAACGAAAGGCGGAGGCGGAUACUCUCGCCUAUCCUGUCACACGCAGUCAGCAGAAGAAGCGUGCAAAGGCCAUGACAGCCGGAGGCUCACGAUUGCUCGAUCUUCCCAGAGAACUGCGAUACCUCAUCUUGAAUUUUGUGUUCCAAGACGAAGCGCCAAUUCUCGCAGGCGACAUACUUGAAAGCGGUACACGUGUACGCGAUCCAAAAGUCGCGUCUGUCUGCCGCACAAUCAGAGCAGAGGCACUGCCGUUGUUCUACUCAAGCAAAGCCUUCGUCUUCAACAUCACGAAGUUCGGGCAACUGGCGACCAUCAAGCGAUGGUUUGCACGCAACAAAACCACGCCAAGUAAGGUGCAGAACAUGCGGAAAGUGACCUUCUUUGGCCGAUCGUACCGGGGACAGGUCUACCUGACCAUCGACUUUAAGCAGGUCAAGAUUAUUGAUGCGCGUUGGCGCGCGCAUCAGAGAAGCCUUAGGAAAAAGCCGACCGAGGUGCCGCCGCAUUGGCACAUGGGCGCUUGCCAUGUCAAACACUUUCAAGAUGCUAUGGAUACCGGUUUGCAGCAGGAACAGACCAAUGGACCUUCUCCAGCCCUCGUUGCGAUGGAAAGCAUUUUGGAGGCUUGCUCUAGAUUUUUCUGGAUUCGGGACUCACGACGGGCAAUGACGUACGCAGUCGAGAGUUGCAGACUAGAAUCGACAUGA